UUUCGCUUCGAUUCAAUCAAAGCGUUGUGAGAGAGUGAGCGAUAUCACACUAUCACAAUGCCUUCACUUUCUUCUUCUUCUUCACUCUAAUCCCAAUUUCGAUUGAUGUUUUUGCCACCCACUUUUUUCCGUUAUUUGCUUCCCUGUCCCAUGCCAUCCUGACAGCUUCUUCGUCGUUGAUUUUUAUUGUUUGCCGAGACUUGGACUCGGUCAAGGCUCUGGAGGUCCCUAUCUCUCCAAUUUUCGUGGAAGGGCUUUGAGUUGGAGCUGGGGUUCGGUCUGAUCGUGGAUUUUGGGAAUUAUGGAACCUCGCGUUGGGAACAAGUUUCGGCUCGGCCGGAAGAUCGGUAGCGGAUCGUUCGGAGAGAUCUAUCUCGGUACUAAUAUUCAGACGAAUGAGGAGGUUGCGAUUAAGCUUGAAAAUAUCAAGACAAAGCAUCCCCAGCUGCUUUAUGAAUCAAAGUUGUAUAAAAUACUACAGGGAGGAACUGGAAUUCCAAAUGUGAGAUGGUUUGGCGUUGAAGGAGACUAUAAUGUUCUCGUUUUGGAUUUACUGGGACCAAGUCUUGAAGAUUUAUUCAACUUUUGCAGUAGGAAAUUGUCCCUUAAGAGUGUUCUUAUGCUAGCAGAUCAGAUGAUAAAUCGAGUGGAGUUUGUUCAUUCCAAAUCAUUUCUGCAUCGGGAUAUUAAGCCUGACAACUUUCUUAUGGGUUUAGGGAGGCGUGCAAAUCAGGUCUACAUCAUUGACUUUGGUCUUGCUAAGAAGUACAGAGACACUUCAACUCAUCAACAUAUCCCUUAUAGAGAAAAUAAGAAUUUGACAGGAACUGCAAGAUAUGCAAGCAUGAAUACUCACCUUGGCAUCGAACAGAGCCGCAGGGAUGAUUUAGAAUCACUUGGAUAUGUUCUUAUAUACUUCUUAAGGGGAAGUCUUCCUUGGCAGGGACUGAAAGCAGGAACUAAGAAGCAAAAGUAUGAGAAGAUCAGUGAGAAGAAAGUAUCUACUUCUACUGAGGCCUUGUGUCGCAGUUAUCCCACAGAAUUUGCUUCAUACUUCCAUUACUGCCGGUCCCUACGGUUUGAUGAUAAGCCAGAUUAUGCUUAUCUCAAAAGACUAUUCCGUGACCUUUUCAUACGUGAAGGCUUCCAGUUUGAUUAUGUGUUUGAUUGGACUAUUUUGAAAUAUCAACAAUCGCAAAUGGCCACUCCACCUACCCGUGCUCUUGGUCCUGGUGCUGGACCCAGCUCUGGCAUGCCGCCUACUGCCACAAUUGCUGAUAAACAAUCAGAUCCCACUCGUAGGAGACACUCUGGACCAGUUGUAAAUGCCGGAAGCCUCUCUAAACAGAAAAGUCCAAUUGCAAAUGAUCCAACUGCAGCUAAAGAUGCUCUGUUACCAAGUUCUAAUUUUUUACGGUCAAGUGGAUCGUCACGGCGAGCUGCUGCCUCUAGCAAUCGCGAUGCAGCAAUUAUUAGCAGUGAAGCUGAUCUUUCUCACCUUAACACCAAAAAUGUAAGCCCAGGAGCUCUUCGUAAAAUUUCCAGUGGGCAAAGAAGUUCACCUGUUGUAUCAUCAGAGCACCGUACACCUUCUGUUAGAAAUGCCUCAACCAUAAAGAACCUCGAGACCACUCUCAGGGGUAUCGAGAGCCUGCAUUUUAACAAUGACGAGAGGGCCCAGUUUUAGCAGUGCCAGUUCUCAAUUCCUUUCCCAUAGAAUGAACCAGGUUGAGUGGACGGUCUCGGACGAUCACCCUCCCUUGCAUGAGAGGGAGGGAAAAAAAAGGGAGACAAAAGAGAACUUUCUGCAUUAUUCUUUCUUAACUUUCUGUUGUUGUCUCUCUUCUUUUUUUUUUUUUUUUGGUUUUCCAUCGUUUUUUCUUUUAUUUGGUUAUUUGGUUGCAGUUCUCCUCAAGCCAAAUACGAACCCUCUAAAUACAAAAAAGCUGAUGUCUUUUUGUGUGUAAAUAAUUGUAGACAGUAACGUUUAAGAUUAUGAAUCACAGGCAACGCUUUGGUGUUGUUCCACA